CAGAUCCGGCCACAUCUUAGAAACAAGGUUUCCAUUUUGUGAAUCUUGGUCUUUUCUCUUUUUCUUUUAGUCAAGGCACUGUCAUACGAAUCAUGUCUCAACAGUUCGUUAGUGUGGAAGAAUCGCUGAAGAAACAUCUGCCUGAAGAGGAUAGGAAAGAAGUUUUUAGAAUAUUAUAUGGCAGGGAACUUCCAGAGCUGGAUUUGACAAUAGGGACUGCCAAUCCUUUGAAUUUAGAGCUAAAAGGUUAUACUUUCAGUGCUGAGCUAGAAGGACUGAGGCCACCACGGCGUGUACGCGUAGGUUUGAUUCAAAACGCAAUCGUACUACCGACAACGGAUCCGGUAGCUGCCCAGCGAGACGCGUUGCUCUCAAAAAUUGGACAGAUAAUCGCAGUCGCACACUUGAAUGGUGUCAACAUUAUCUGCAUGCAAGAAGCUUGGAACAUGCCCUUCGCCUUCUGCACUCGAGAGAAACAUCCAUGGUGUGAGUUUGCUGAGUCAGCUGAGAAUGGUCCCACAACUGUUUUUCUACAAGAAUUAGCGAAACGGUACAAUAUGGUUAUCGUUUCGUCUAUUCUGGAACGAGACGAAGAUCAUGGCGAUACAAUUUGGAACACCUGUGUUGUUAUAUCAAACAGUGGCAAAGUUAUGGGCAAAAGCCGUAAAAAUCACAUCCCGCGCGUUGGUGAUUUUAAUGAAUCUACCUACUACAUGGAAGGCAAUCUAGGACAUCCAGUCUUUGAAACUCAAUUCGGCAGAAUUGCCAUUAACAUAUGCUAUGGAAGACACCAUCCGCAGAAUUGGAUGAUGUACGGUAUUAACGGAGCAGAAAUUGUUUUCAAUCCAUCAGCCACCGUUGGAGGUUUGAGUGAACCUAUGUGGUCUAUUGAAGCCCGCAAUGCUGCAAUCGCCAACAGCUAUUUCACGUGUGCCAUAAAUCGUGUUGGUACUGAAGUGUUUCCUAAUGAAUUCUCGUCAGCAGACGGUCGGCCAGCCCAUCGCGAUUUUGGACACUUCUAUGGCUCAAGCUAUGUUGCUGCUCCGGAUGGCUCACGCACACCCGGCUUGUCCCGUGUAAACGACGGUCUCCUUGUAGCGGAACUUGAUCUUAAUUUAUGUAGACAAGUAAAGGACAAAUGGGGAUUCAGGAUGACGCAACGACUAGAUCUUUACAGUCGAUCGCUGGAGCGCGCAAUUCAGCCUGACUUCAAACCACAAAUUGUGCGAGAAACCGUGACUCACCAAAACUAAUGCGAGUGAGGUAUUAACGUGCAAUGAUGUCGAGCUUAGGAUAUGCCGGGACCAAAACAUCGUAUUCAUCACAAUUUUAGCGAUGUAUUAAGAUAAUGUCUUCAUCAGUGCCGUGAGCUUGUCUUGCUUUCUCGAAGGAAGAAAAUGUUAGGCAACAGAGCUCUGUAGUAAUAAAAAAUAGAAUCAAAUGAUAUUAUGCUUUUAAUUAGGAUGGAGAUCUUAUGCUGUUAUCCAAGUACUAUACCACUUUUAACAGCUGGAUCUCUGUAAUACAAGAGCUUUUUAUUAGUAUCAAAUCCACAAAUGACUAUGUAGUGCCCUAUAAUGUAGCAAGAGAAAAAAUAUUGGAGAAAUAUAUGGAAUUAAAAGA